AUGUUGAGCAGCAGCAAGAUCGUUGCCAUGUGCGUCGCGGCCGCCGCCCUGUCGAACGGCGUGCGCGCGGAACAAGCGAUGGCCCAGACGUUCGGCCACAUUCACGGUGGCCACCUCCACGGCAUCCAUGGCGUCGGCGUGGGAGUUCCCGGUGUUGUGGGAGUCGGCGUGGGCCCAGGCUUGUAUGGCCACGGCGUGGGUGUCGGCGUGGGUGUGCCGGGCGUGGCUGGUGUCGGUGUCGGUCUCCCUGGUGUCGGUGUGGGCGUGAACGGUGUCGGUGUGGGCGUGAACGGUGUCAGUGUGGGCGUCGGUGUGCCUGCGGUUGGCGUCGGUGGCCCUGUGGUCGGCGCCGGCGGCCCCGCGGUCGGAUACAACGCGCCUGCGAAUGCCGUCUCCAACGCGAAUGCAGGUGCGCCUGCCAACGCCAACGCAUACGCCGGUGCACCGGCCAGCGCUGUCUCGAACGCGAAUGCCGGCGCUCCUGCCAACUCGGUCGCCAACGCGAAUGCGAACGCAGGCGGCCCCGCCCCCGCCCCAGUCGCUAAUGCUGGCGGCGCCAACGCCAACGCGAAUGUCAAUGCCGGCGCUGGUCCCGGUGGCAACAGUGGCCCGGCCCAGACGGUCACGACGACGAACGGCGACGGAACCGCCUCGGCAACGACCACGAAGACGACUGGCGGUGCGACUGCGACCGCCUCUGCGAACGCGAACGCUGGUCCGAGCGGUGGCCCGAGCGCCGGCCCAAGCAGUGGCCCAAGUGCGGGACCUAGCGGAGGCCCGAGUGCCGGCCCGAGCAGUGGACCAAGCGGUGGCCCCAGCAACGGACCGAACACCGCAACUGGUGGCGCCGGCGCAACGUCUCAGAAGGCGUACCGCAAGCUCCGCUCGGAGUAA